CUCAAGUCUCAAGUAAUAAUGAAGCUAAGCUAAGGUAGCUUGUUUACCAGUUUCCCGAGUAACCACCACUCCCUGUCUAUCUCUUUAGUGGAUAGGAUAGAAGCAGCAGCAACAACAGCAGAAGAGCGAGUGAGCGAGCGAGUUACUAACUCAGCGAAACUCGGAUAAACCACAACAAUGUGUUCACUCACAACACCAGCCUCAACCUCCCUCUCCUUCUUCUCUUCUUCUAUCUUUUUCAACAAUACCAAAAUCCCCAAACUACACUCACCAUCAAAACCCUUCUCUCACUCUCUCUCCGUCGCGUGCAAAGCCGCAACCCUACCGCUUCUCUCAUUUUCCGGCGACAAAAUCGGCGAAGCGCAACUCGACCUCCGCGCCGCCCCACCCGACACCGCACGCGCCGUCGUCCACCGGGCAAUCAUCACCGACCUCCAAAACAAGCGCCGUGGCACCGCCUCAACCCUAACGCGGGCCGAGGUUCGCGGCGGAGGGAGAAAACCCUAUCCGCAGAAGAAGACCGGCCGGGCCCGCAGGGGGUCAAACAGGACACCGCUCAGGCCCGGCGGAGGUGUCAUUUUCGGGCCCAAGCCCAGGGACUGGAGCAUCAAAAUAAACAGGAAGGAGAAGAGGCUUGCGAUUUCCACCGCGAUGGCGAGCGCGGCGGUGAACACGUUCGUGGUCGAGGACUUCGCGGAGGAGUUUCAGGGGAAGCCGAAGACGAAGGAGUUCAUUGCGGCGAUGAAGCGGUGGGGACUGGACCCUAAGGAAAAGGCCAUGUUCUUGAUGAUGGAGGUGCCGGAGAACGUUGUGCUUUCGAGCCGGAACAUUGGGACGGUGAAGGUUUUGACGCCGAGGACGCUGAAUUUGUUUGAUAUUUUGAAUGCUGAUAAGCUUGUGCUUACACCUGCUGCUGUGGAUUACUUGAAUAAGAGGUAUGGGGUUGAUUACCAGGGCGGUGAUGAUGAAGAUGAAGAAGAAGAAGAAGAAGAAGAUUAUGAAGAUGAAGGAGUAGCAGAAGAAGGAUCUGAAACAAACAAGGAGGAUAGUUCUGAUGUGGUAAACUGAGAGGUCUUUGCCGCAUCUUAUAGAGGAAAAAAUGUCCAUACAUUGGAAGGAAGGCCUGAGUUCUUGUUUUUACCAAUUUAAUUAUGUUUCUUUUUCUUAGGAUUCUAAUCCUAAUGGUGUUUAAGGAUCUGUGCCUUUACCCACAUGUUGUAAUUCAUUGAAAAAUAAUUUUUGCUGAGUAAAUAACACUUAGAUUUCUGAA